UUUGGCAGUCGUAACCCAUUUGGAGGUCCUACGAGGCAGGGCUACCAGCCAGUAGCCACACAGGUCAGCCCCUCAGAACUGCAAGAUGUGUUUCAGGAGACCUCCUCCAAUAUCUUCCAGAUCAACGCCAACGUGGUCACACUAGAGAAAAAUCUUCAGUCACUGGGAACGUCUAGAGAUACCGCAGAGCUCCGACAGAGUCUGCACUCCACUCAGCAGCAAACCAACAAAGUCAUCACCAGCACAAGCCAACUCAUCAAACAGCUCUCUGAUAUAAUCAGUGGCUCUUCACGGCAAGACCGUCUGCGACUGACCAGACUAAAGACUGAGCUCUCUGAGUCUGUGCAGCGAUAUGGGGAUCUCCAGAAGAAAAUUGCCGAACGCUCAAGGGCCCUGCUCCCUCCGGCACAGAAAGACAAGAAGAAGAGUCCUCAGACUCCAUCCAGUGAGCAGAUAGAGGAGGGUCCACUGUUUGGAGCAGGCACAGAGGGAGGAGGUCAGGCUUUCCUGUCUGAGAUCAGUGAGGAGGACGUGGAGGUGCUCCGUCAGAGAGAGGAGGCCUUGCUUCAGAUUGAGAGAGACAUGCUGGAUGUCAGUCAAAUCAUGAAGGAUCUGGCCAGCAUGGUUCAUGAACAAGGAGAUGCAAUAGAUAGUAUUGAAGAUUACAUCCAGACAGCUUCUUCUAAUGUGGACUCAGCCAAUCAAGAACUCGCCAAGGCCAACCAAUACCAGAGACAGCUGAGGAAGAGGAAGUGUUACCUCCUAUUGGUUGGUGCCAUCAUCCUCACCAUCCUCAUCAUUAUCAUAGCUGUUUCAGCAAGAAAAUGAGGUUGACCACUGUGGUAGCUGUUGUCAUCACAGUGUCACUGCACUGCUCCUGCCCAGUCUGAUCCUUGACCUGAGCAGCUGAUUCCCAGUAGGAGGGAGAAGCCCUGCAACAAUAUCUCUACUCCAUCAUCUCUGGCUCUGUUUACAUGUGUGUCAGUCUGAGGAUGGAGGCCUUUCUCAGC